UUGAGGCUAAGGCUGCUAAAGACCCCUCUUAACCCGGGUUGCCGGGGUUCCUCCGCCUACUGGACGUCCUUGGGGUGCAGCCCAGGAGGUUCAAUCAGAAGGAAGGUGGUAAAAGGGGAGGGUUCAGUGCCCAGGGCACAGAGGGGACCCCUCUAUUAGGGGGGAAAGAAGCACAGGCUGCGGCCGCCAGGGCUGAAGAACCCUCCCCCUGUUCGUGUCUCCGGAUCCACCCACCGCGACGGAGCGUCCCUGGGAGGGCCGCCCGGGCCCCGAGGGGGGAGCCGAGGGCUGGCUAGUGCCAGUCGGCGCCGAGGGCGCGUUCCGUUGCCGCGGCGGGUGGUACAGGCUGGCAGACACGCGCUGGCAGCCGCGGGCUGGCAGCCCGUACCCCAAGAGGAGGAGGGGGCAACUGCUGGCGAUCGCCAGCGCUCUGCCUUGGGGGCCGCCCCCUCGCCUGCCCCCAGCCCCGCCUCCCGAACAGGGGCCGCUGUCUCCGCUCCCGGCCGCGCGACUGUCGAGCGCGCACUACCUGGGCGCAGGGGCCCUGGUUUUCUCGUCUGUUCAGUGGGGCUUCCGUGACUGUGUCUCAGUUUCUGCGUGGAUGUGUUUGUGUGGAGCAUGAAAAUCUUUGUGUCUGCUUCUCUGCGAGGUACUUCGUCUGAGCCUCAGUUUCCUCGUCUGUAAAUUGGAGUUAAGGGGAGAGCUGCCCAGGCCUUGGGGCGGGCGGCCCAUGGAGCCGAGGCUGCUGCGGGCCGCGCAGGAGAGCGAGGUCAUCGUCCAGCAUUACAACUACACCGGCAAGCUCCGCGGUGCGCGCUACCAGCCAGGCGCGGGACUGCGUGCAGACGCCGUCGUGUGCCUGGUCGUGUGCGCGCUCAUAGUGUUGGAGAACUUAGCCGUGCUGGUCGUGCUCGGACGCCACCCGCGCUUCCAUGCGCCCAUGUUCCUGCUUCUGGGCAGCCUCACGCUGUCCGACCUGCUGGCCGGCGCCGCCUAUGCCGCCAACAUCCUGCUGUCGGGACCGCUCACGCUGCGUUUGUCGCCCGCGCUCUGGUUCGCUCGUGAGGGCGGCGUCUUCGUGGCGCUCUCCGCGUCCGUGCUGAGCCUCUUGGCCAUUGCACUCGAGCGCCUGCUCACCAUGGAGCGUCGGGGACCCGCGCCCGCCGCCCGUCGGGGGCGCACGUUGGCGCUGGCGGCCGCCGCCUGGGGCUUGUCGCUGCUCCUCGGACUACUGCCGGCGCUCGGCUGGAAUUGUCUGGGCCGUCUGGAGGCCUGCUCAACGGUCCUGCCGCUCUACGCCAAGGCCUACGUGCUCUUCUGUGUGCUCGCCUUUCUUGGCAUCCUGGCUGCCAUCUGUGCGCUCUACGCGCGGAUCUACUGCCAGGUGCGUUCCAAAGCGCGGCGCCUACGGGCGCACCCCAGGACUGGCGAGGGCGCCUCGAUGCGCGCCCGCCACACACCGCGCUCCUUGGCGCUGUUGCGCACGCUCAGCGUGGUGCUCGUGGCCUUCGUGGCUUGUUGGGGCCCCCUCUUCCUGCUGCUCUUGCUGGAUGUGGCGUGCCCGGCGCGCGCCUGCCCUGUGCUCCUGCAAGCGGACCCCUUCCUGGGCCUGGCCAUGGCCAACUCGCUCCUGAACCCGCUUAUCUACACGUUCACCAACCGCGACCUGCGUCACGCGCUCCUACGCCUCGUCUGCUGCAGCCGGGGCCCCUGCUGCCGAGACCCAGGUGCCUCCCGGCGGUCCGGGAGCGCCCCUGGGGCUUCGGGCGACCUGCACCGCUGGCUGCCUCCCGGCCUGGAUGGGAGCUCCAGCCGCUCCGAGCGCUUCUCGCCCCAGCGGGAUGGGUUAGAGACCAGCGGUUCCACCGGCUGCCCUGGUGCACCCACGGUCGCUGGGACCCUGGUAACCCCACCAGCUACAGACUGACGCCCUUUGAGUGCCAUUGCUCUCCCUCAGAGCUCUUUUGCAGACUUUCUUUUUAAAUAAAGGAAUUUAUAGGAAAAAGCAGCCAAAGAUGAAGAUGGUGGAGGCAGAAAAGACCUAGGAAAAUAUAUUAUAUUGACGCUAAACUCCACAGCAAUGAACAAAACAGACAAAAAUCCCUGCUUUUGUCCAACUGAUGUUCUUGUGUCGGACUCAGAGAUGAUACCAGAGUGAAGAAGCGUGGAGAUGAUUCCGGUGACAAUACAGUGAUGCGAUGGUGGUCAGGUGAUGCCUUUUGAAGAGGUGGUAAGAUGUUAUGGGAGCUGAGGUGGUUAUUAUCCUGGAAACUUUAAUUUUUGGCAUGUGGGAUCUUAGUUCCUUAAUCUGGAAUGAACCCACAACCCCUGCAGUGGAAGCAGGGAGUCCUAACUAUGAACUGCUAGGGAAUUCCCUGUCCUGGGAACUUCUGAAGGAAGAGCAUUUCAGAAUGGGGGAACAGCAGGUGCAAAGGUCCUAAGGCUAGAAUAUGCCUGUGUGUUCUCUCAAAAGCAAAGAUCCUAGUGCCCCUGGAGCAAGGAUGGAAAGGCAGAGAAGAAACAAAGAUAGGAAAAUAAUGGGGCGGGUGGGGCAAACCCUUACAGACCCAGGGGAGAAACUUCUUUUGCUCUGAAUGGAGUAGUACUCCUGGAAGGUUCUAGGCAGAGGAAGGACUUAAUCAGGCUCAGGUAUUUACACAUGCCUCUGCCCUCUGUAGAGGGUGAAGCCAGGAGAACUGGGUGAUGGUAACUGCCUAGGGGAGUGAUGACAAAGACUGGGAUGGUAUGGGUUCUCCACAGACUUCGGAGGAAUUGGACAGAAUUAUUGAGGAAUUGGGUGUGGGGGAGAAAGGAGUCAAGGACAGGUGUUCACCUUUAGAGGAGAGGCCAAAGACGGAGCACCCCAAAACUUGACUCUAGGAGACUCAGCCUGUUCCUCUGUGAAACAAGAUUUUUUUGAAAGUGGUAUCAGAUCCUUCAUAAAAGAAUAAAAAUAUAAUUGAAUAAUAA